AUGCCUCCACGAGACCGUCCCCUUAUUGACGGUAGCGCCAAGCCAUUCUUCCUUUGGUGUAUGCAUUGUCAAAGACGCUGCGCCAGAAAGUACAAGCGGAACACCGACCGUCCAUUCGAAAUCGACUGUCACUUUAACGGCAAAGGAUCCAUUCUUUGUCACCAAUGCUCGGGCGAUAGUGCGGCAUGCGAAUCAGUGGCGGCGGGCAUGCUAGUAAAUGGAUGGGAUUAUUCCCAAAUUCUCCGAUGGGCCACUACCUUUUGGGGAAACAAAUGGUCAGAGAAGGUUCGUCUGAGCGUCGUCAAUGCUCUGAAGGAUUUGAACAGCGCGUUCAGCAUCACUGAAAGGGUUCAUCGGCGUGCACAUGCACUGACAUCCGAAGAUAAUGAAGUUAUGGCGACUUACCGCACUUUUGUCGAACAACGCCGCCGACUGCUUGUCCAGCUCCCUGUUCCUGACGAAUAUGAAGACGAGGAUGAGUGGGACUCUUAUGAGUCGUCGAGGCUCCUACGUCUCUUGCCUGGGGACCCUGGGUACGUUUCAUGGAUGGUGGCACUUCAGGCAUUUAGAGGGGCAAUCGAAGAUGCUAUCACCAUUUGUGCUGGCCUCCGUGGUUUGAACGAGGUUGCGGGACGCGAGUUGGUGGAUAGAGUAAUGUGCUGGUUCCCGGCUGCGUGCGAGGACAUUUAA